UUUGAUGCUCAGUGGGGAGAAGUUAUUAGCUGCAGUGAAGAAGGCUUUGCUGACUGAUGUUGAGAUCCAGGCUCUGAUUGAUGUCCUUCUUAACAGACAGCAGGGCAAUGAACAGUGGACCAAGAAGGGAGAUCCUGUCUCACUUUUGAAGAAACAGCUUGAAGAGAAAGAAAAGACCCUGCAAGAAGAACAACAGCUGGCUAUGGCUGCUAACAAGAAGGUGAAGGAACUGCGCCAAGAGCUGUCUCAGGAGAAGCAGAAUUUUACCAAGUACGAGAAAAGGAUGUCCGAGAGUUUGACCUUGAAGCAGCAGGAGAUGGAUGCAUUGCACGCGCGCAUGCAGCAGUCGCAUGAGCAACACAUGAUGGAAGUGGCAGCACUCAAGAACCAGUUGCAGAGAAAAGACCCUCAAGAUCACCAGGUUUUACUGCAGGAAAACCGUCAACUAAAAGAAGCAUUGGCACAGGGCAGGAUUGCAGCGGCCCCCGAGGUUCACAAUUUGCAGUCCCAGCUGCAGAUCAUCCAGAACGAAAUGGCAAACAAUGUCCGCAAAUUGACAGCAGCAGAAAAUGGAAAACUAAAUGCAGAAUCUAAACUGAAACAGUAUGAAGAUCGUAUUAAGUUCAUGGAAUCUAAGAAAGCUGAAGGUGAUGCUGCCUUUAACAAGAGACUGACAGAGAUGGCUGAAGAACUUCAGAAAUCUGAGUCACGUUGCAAGAAUGCCAUGCAAGAAUUGGAUGCUGCCAAAGCUAGGACCCAAGGGGCAGAAAGCGAAGCAGCAAAGUUGCAAAGUCAGCUGCAGACUAAAACUGGAAGCGAAAGUCUUUUAACCAAGAAGAAUGAAGAAGUUAGCAAUCUGACAUCACAGAUAGAAAAACAAGCUUCAGAAUUGAAGAACUUAACAGCAGAACUGGAGAAGCAGAAGGCAAAAAAUAAUGAAGUUGAAGCUGAAAAGCAGGAUCUGGCCGAGAGACUGUCUAAGACACAGCAGUCGGUGUCCGAGAUGAGCGGGUUUCAGGGUGAACUGAAUGCCAAGCUAGUAGAACUGCAGCAAGUUUCGUCAGAACUCGAACAACAGAAAACUGCUUAUAAUAAUUUGGAGAGUGAGCGUCAGAAACUCGCUGCCUUGUUGACCAAUGCAGAACAACAGGUGGCGACACUGCAGUCCUCACAUGGCGAGACAAAUGCCAAUAGUGCACAGGUCAAAACUCUGCAAGAAGAAUUGGACAAGCAGAAGAAAGCAUAUGAUGAACUUUUGAUAGAAAAGCAGAAGGCAGCAGAAGACCUACUGAAUGUGCAGCAAGCUCUUGAAAAGCUCCAGGUUCUCCUGGCAGAACUGGAGGGCAAGGACAACGAAAUGGUCCAGUUAAAGCAAGAGGUUGAAACCUUAAGGAAGUCUAAUGAAGAUCUUCAAAAUGAGAAGACGAGAGCAGAAGAUACCCUAAGUAAAGCAGAAAGUUCUCUGCAAGAGGCAAAGGUGAAUGAGAACAAUCUCACCAGCAAAGUGGAAGAAAUGGAGAGGUUAAAACAAGAGAUAGUCACACUGAAGAAAGACCAGGACGAAUUAGUAGCAGAGAAUGCUCAGUUAAGUGAAAGCCUUACCAAAGCAGAACAGUCUGUGGAAGAGAAGGCAGAUCUCCGCUCCAUGGUGAUACAAGCAGAACUGAACAGGCUGACUGAAGAAUUAGAAAAACAGAAACAAGCCAAUGAUGUAAGAAGGGUUUCUUUUAAUAAGCAUGUUACAGGACAACUAUAUUCACUUUAUAUGUCUUCAACAAACUAACAUGGUUGCAUGAUUCCAGGGCCUGGUGGUUAUGCAUAUGUAUUAACUGCAUGUAGGUUUACUUAACACCAAAGCAUGGGUGACUAUAUUAGGAAUGGGCUUUUUCUCAAUCAUCAGUAUCUCUGUCAGAAAUAAGCACCAACUGCAUGGUUAAAGAUAUUGAUUGUGGAUAUUUAGGGCAAGUUAAUUGUGGGCUUCGUUGCAUGUUUUAUGAUAAAACAAUACAAGGAAAAUAGCAUGAUACUGGGGCUAAAUGGAAGAUCAGUUGUUAAGUUGUUUAUUGAUAGCAUGACUAACUGUUGUAAUACGAGAGGGUGGAGAAAAGUCACACUGCCUUGAAAAAAUUCAUCUCUGUUUACAAACUGCUUUUGCAUGAUGUUUAGACACGAGCAUGGAAACUUGAAUAUUAAGACACUGACUUUACUUGCUUAAUGGAAGGACUGGGAUAAUAACACACUCUGGUGCUGUAGAAAUCCUGUGUAACAAUGUGGUUGUGGGAUUAAUUUCUUCUAGAAUAGGUAAAUAUUGUCCCCAAAGUUAAACUUCCUGCAUGGUGGCCUUUGGUAUCUUUUCUUAUUGUUCUUUCCAGUACCUGGUCAUGGGGAGCAAAUCUGUAUAUAUGAAAUUGUAUGCUUGAUUGAGUUGAUGCUGGAUACACUGCAUUAAAUGUAUCAUACCAGCUUCAUAUGUCUCAUUCUGUCUGAAGUGUUACAAAGAUGGAUGU